ACGCAUAUAAGACUACGGCUUUACAAUGCGAUCAGAAAAGUGUGCGUUCAAUAAGCCACAAAUCCGCUAUUUAGGGCAUAUUAUAGACAGCCAAGGCCUCAGACCUGACCCGUUGAAGAUCGAAGCCAUUAAAAACUGCCUCCACCGAAAGAUAUCUCAGGAGUACGAUCGUUCAUCGGUGCGGUGAACUACUAUGCAAAGUUCAUCCCAAGUAUUAGAGAUCUGCGUUACUCAAUGGACAAAUUGCUGCAAAAUGACCUCCUGCUCACACAUUAUGACCCGAAGCUUGACAUUGUGGUUUCGACCGAUGCUUCAUCUAUUGGACUUGGGGCAACGCUUAGUCACAAAUUUCCUGAUGGAUCUCUUAAGGUGGUGCAACACGCAUCUAGAGCGCUGAGUAAGGCUGAAGAGGGUUACAGCCAAAUCGAUCGAGAAGGUCUCGCCAUCAUAUUUGCUGUAACGAAAUUCCAUCGGAUGCUAUACGGUCGACAUUUUACGUUGCAAACCGACCACUGGCCAUUAGUGCGAAUUUUUGGAAGCAAAAAGGGGAUUCCAACGUAUACAGCUAAUCGAUUGCAGAGAUUCGCAUUAACACUUCAGCUUUACGACAUGAUCAUCGAAUACAUCCCCACUGGUUCUUUUGGCAACGCCGACGUUCUUUCUCGCCUCAUACAAAACCAUGCGAAACCAGAGUCGGAAUACAUCGUAGCAAGCAUCGAAUUAGAGCAGGAUCUCAGGUCAGUUGCCGUAAAUGCCUUACUAACAUUCCCUAUUCGUUUCAGAGACAUUGAGCUCUACGCUCAGCAAGAUCCGUCGCUCCAGAAGGUUUACAAGUACGUGCGAGAUGGUUGGCCUCGCGACGUAGCUUACGGAACAGAUCUUGCACGGCUCUACGAUAGAAGGGAAUCGCUGACCAACGUGGAUGGCUGCAUUCUUUUUGGAGAGAAAGUAGUCAUCCCGGAGAAGCUGCGCAAUCGCUGUUUAAAUCAACUACACCGAGGACAUCCGGUAAUGCAGAGGAUGAAAGCGGUUGCACGUAGCUACGUAUAUUGGCCUAAGUUGGAUGACGACAUAGCACGCUAUGUGGCCUCCUGCGAGGCAUGUACAGCAGCGGCAAAAUCACCACCAAGGGCAACAUCAAUGGCGUGGCCAAAACCUUCGGCAGUUUGGAACCGAGUUCACAUCGAUUACGCGGGCCCUUGGGAGGGCGUUUAUUUCCUGGUUGUAGUCGACGCGUAUUCCAAAUGGCCGGAGAUCGUCAAAACUACGAGCACCACCACAACAGCCACGAUUGCCAUUCUAAGGAACUUGUUUGCUCGUUUCGUCGAACGGACAGGCGGAGCGAUUCGUCGAUACUCUUAA